AUGACGUCGGAAAUAAACUCUAAUAUUGCUUCAAAGCCACUUUUAUGGCGAAUAAUAGACCUAUCCUAUUCUGAGGUUGCUCCCUCAACAUUAUCCCAAAGUGAUCAGGAAGGAAUUCGUACAUUAAUCUCAUUUGCCCUCCAGAUAGGACAAACCAAUGAGUUUACAGUGCUAGCGCCAUCAGCAGAAAGAUGUUUGAGAUCAUUAGCAAAGAUAAACAUACUAGAAUUUACAAGAAAUGCCUGUUUUAGCACUUGUAGUGGAGAAACCGUACCUCGAGCUUCACGUGAUCGGCGAAAGAAAGCUAUGAAUGCUUCUUCUGAUGCGGAAGGACCACUACCAACUACUUUACAAGGGAACAAAUAUAUUGUUGUUGCAACUGAAUAUCUAACUAAAUGGCCUGAAGCACGUGCUCUCUCAAAUGUUAAAGCAACAUCAGUGCGUCACGAUCUUGCAAAGGAUAUGACAUGGGGUCGCGAGUUUUCUCUAUGCGAACGUGCUGGAUCAAAAAUCGAAAAUAAUAGGAAGAUUCUAGAUAAUACUCUUAAAGUUUAG